AUGCUUGAUUUAAUAGCAUUUCGACAAUGUUUCGGCGUGCGACGGAGAAGCCUAGUCGACCAGGCGGUCGCCGACGCCAUCACCGAGGAUGUGCGGCGGGACCUCCCGAACACUCGCUUUGAGGUGUUCACCUUCCGACCUGGAGGCCGAGGUCCUGGCCACGGGGCCGGUGCGGCUCCCCGGCGAGGCGCGGCACGAAACCCAGGCCCAGGCCGCCAUGGGAGUCCUCAUCUACACCUAGGGCCCGACCGACCACCGAAGGCCGCCGUGAUGGGCUGGGCCAAGAUGAGAAUGGCUGGUGGAUUCACUCCGAUCCUCCUCAACCUCAAGACCACUGACAUUUACUACACGUACGUAGGCGAGACGUGCCGGUACCUGCUCUCGGCUCCCAAAGACCACGACCCCGUGACGGCCGUGGACCUGGAUAAGGCGCACCGGCAGCGGCGUUUUAACGAGCGCCUUUCGCCAAUAUCCGCUGCCGAAAAGGACUCGGAUAACACCAAAGACCGGCUUACGGAAUCGACUGCGGGAGCUGAAGCAUUCGACACGGCCACUUCUCAAACGGGCAGUAGCGUUUCACAUCUUCCCGAAAUGGCUAUCAGAACUCUGAGAUCCCAGAGCACUGGCGUAGCAAAAACACCUGAGGCAGACUUGGACUUCUUACCCACCACUGGCCGCGACGACGAUGGCUCUUUUGAAGCCAGCUGGGGACGAUGGUAUGACAUUGGCGAGGAGACGUUUAAGGCCAACCCCGACACUGUGAUCGCCAUUUAUAUGCCUUGCAUGAUGCAGAUGUGGGAAGACAGUCAUAAUGACGUCGUCCGUAAGGGACUGCCGUAUACGGCGGCGUUCGCCUAUACGGAUUAUAAAGUGCAAGGCAGGACCUUAGAUCGGGUGGCACUCGAAUUGCGGGGAACCAGGACGACAAAUAUCGAGAGCCAGGCCGUCCCCAGCCAAUGAGACCCGUACAGCUUGUACGUGCAACUGUCCCGG